GUCCCCCGUCGCUCCCUAUCCAAUCUCCCUUCCCUCCCCCGCGGCGAGCGCGCCCGAGACAUCCAAUCUCGCCGCAGCCGCCGCCUCGCCGAAGGCGCCGGAGAUGCAGGCGACGGCCGCAGCGGCCUUCCUCGCCCGCCCGCUCCCGCGGCUCUGCCGCGUCGGCGUCUGGGGCGCGUAUGGGGCGGCGGCGCGUGGGGGUGCCGUGGCGCUCCCGCCGCGUCUGUGGACCCCGCGGUGCUCCAUGAGCCUCUCCAUCGGCGGUGGCGCCGGCGCCGGAGGAGACCGCGGGUUCAGCUACGAGCAUGUUCCAGUGUUCCCAAGAUACCGUAUGCGGGAUCCAUACAAGCUUCUUGGCGUUGAUCGUGACGCAUCUGAAGAAGAGAUUCGGGGUGCAAGGAAUUUUCUUAUUCAACAGUAUGCCGGGCAUGAGCCAAGUGAAGAAGCUAUUGAAGGUGCUUAUGAGAAGAUAAUAAUGAAGAGCUACCAGCAGCGGAAGAAGACAAAAAUUAAUCUGAAAACCAAGUUAAAGAAGCGAGUAGAGGAAUCCCCUUCAUGGGUCAAGGCACUGCUUGGUUACUUUGAGGUGCCAUCAAUGGAAAUUAUUUCCAGAAGAUUGUUCUUCUUUGCUUUCAUUGCUGGAUGGAGCAUAGCGACUUCUGCUGAGAAUGGACCCGCGUUUCAGCUCGCAAUAUCGCUCUUCUCGUGCAUAUAUUUCCUCAAUGACAAGAUGAAGAACCUCCUCAGGGCAUCAACCACUGGGUUUGGAGUACUUGUUGGUGGCUGGAUUAUCGGAUCUCUACUGGUCCCACUGAUCCCAACAUUUAUCAUCCCACCUACAUGGUCCCUUGAGCUCCUCACCUCGCUCGUUGCUUACGUUUUCUUGUUCCUGGGAAGCACUUUCUUCAAAUGAAACUCUUUCGGUCUUGUAACCAGAAACUGUAGAAUCGUUUGGAAAAGUUUUGUGAUGACUGACAUCUCCAUGUCUGAGUUUCAGAAGAAUUUUGCAUGUACUGACAUCACCCUUGAGCAUGAAAUCUCGGCGUUUCUCAGUUCA